AUGCAUGUGAUGGCAAUGCAUUCUUCCUUUCGACCGUAUAAAUGUCGUUCUUGUGAUUUUCAAGAUUAUCGAAAGCCAGGAAUGAGAAAACACUGUAUACUUACUCACGGUGAGGACAUGGAUCCGGUUGACAUCAGUAACGAUGUGAAGCGAGCCGAAUGGGACAGUGUGAUGCGGCGAUGUUUCCCUGAAUUUGGCUAUCGGACAGGAUUUCUCAUUGAGUCAAAACCGGCGCCGUUGCUAACUCCUGAAGCCUCUUCAUAG